CGUUUCUGGAAUAAUGGAAGAACGUCAUCCGUUCGUCAUCUGCUUGCGGAGGAGGAUAGAGGAAAGGUAUAUAACCCUCCUUCCCCUCCAUGGGUCCUGUCUCCUGCACCCUUCCCUUACUUCACACGCUCAACUCCUACCGAACUACCAAUCUGCAAAUAUGUCAAACUUCUUCAACCAGAUGAAAGACCAGGUCGAGGGUGCGAUCAGCAAUUACGCACAGAACCAGGGCGGUCAGGGAAACCAGAACCAGGGCCAGGGCCAGAACCAGGGUGGUCAAGGCGGGUUUGGAAGUUCGAAUAACGAUGACUACGGCAGCAACCAGUCUCAGGCUCAGUCUGGUCAGGGCGGGUUUGGCGGGAACCAAGGCGGCGACUCGGGCUUUGGAGGCAACCAAGGUUCUCAGGGUGGCCAAGGCGGGUUCGGGAGCUCGAACAACGACAAUUACGGAUCGUCCAACCAGGGUCAGGGUCAGGGCGGGUUUGGCGGCGACUCUGGAUCUGGGAAUCAGGGUGGGUUCGGUGGGGAUUCUGGGUCUGGGAACCAGGGUGGGUAUGGCGGGAACCAAGGUGGGGAUUCUGGAUCUGGACAGGGCGGGUACGGUGGCUCUGGCGGCGAGGGGAAGCAUCAUCAUGCGCACGGCGAGCACGGGCAAGGCGGGCAGGGUGGGCAGGGUGGGCAAGGCGGGCAAGGAGGGUUCGGCGGGAACCAGGGUGGCGACUCUGGCUUUGGAGGGAACCAGGGUGGCCAGGGUGGAUUUGGCAGCGGGAACGAUAGCUAUGGGUCGUCGAACCAAGGCGGCCAGGGUGGGUUUGGCGGGAACCAGGGGGGCGAUUCCAGCUAUGGGGGAAACCAAGGCGGCCAGGGGCAGGGUGGGUUUGGGAGCAGCAACAACGAUAACUUUGGAAGCAACCAGGGUGGACAGGGCGGGUUCGGAGGGAACCAGGGCGGCCAAGGCGGCUACGGCAGUUCGAACAACGACAACUUUGGAAGCUCGAACGACAGCUACGGCAGUGGCAACCAGGGCGGGCAGGGGGGGUACGGCGGGAACCAGAACUACUAGUUUGGUGGUUGGCCACGGCUGGUUCUGACAGGAUAUGUGAAUCGUGAAUGAGCUCUUGAAUCUUGACUGUUGUAAGCAUCCGCUAGUGUAAA